GAACCUGCGACGCGUUUGUUUCCACCGAGUCAACUAUGUGAUAGGAGUGUCUUGACAACUCAACUUCUAAUUUGACUGUUGAGACAAAAUAAUAAUAAUUAUUUCGUUGUUACUCGGUGGCGGUUUCGUUGUUCUACCAAUCCGAGAGUUUUUUUGUUGAUGCUGCCUCCGUCGGCUGGGUUGUUUUUGACGGGAAUUUAGAGGAUUUUGCUGCUGUUUAAUCUGACCAGCCGGCUGUGACUCCUCAUCCAGAGCGGAUCCCGGCGGCGCCAUGAAGCUCUACAGCCUCAGCGUCCACUACAAAGGAGCGACCAAAGCCAACCUGCUCAAAUCGGCCUAUGACCUGUCCUCCUUCAGCUUCUUUCAGCGCUCCAGUGUUCAGGAGUUCAUGACCUUCACCAGUGCCUUGAUUGUGGAGCGAACAUCUGUCGGAACCCGUGCCUCUGUCAAAGAGCAAGAGUAUCUUUGCCAUGUGUAUGUGAGAAACGACAACCUGAGCGCUGUGGUGAUCUCAGACACCGAAUACCCACAGAGGGUCUGUUUCACUCUGCUCGACAAGGUAUUAGAGGAGUUUUCAAGGCAAGUGGACAGUAUAGACUGGCCAUCUGGUAAUCCUGACACUAUAAACUACAAAAGUCUGGACAUUCACCUUUCAAAGUACCAGAACCCAAGAGAGGCGGAUGCCAUGACCAAAGUACAGGCGGAGCUGGACGAGACCAAGAUCAUCUUGCACAACACCAUGGAGAGUCUGUUGGAAAGAGGAGAGAAACUGGACGACCUGGUGGCGAAGUCCGAACACCUGGGAAACCAGUCCAAAGCCUUCUAUAAGACUGCGCGGAAACAGAACUCCUGCUGCGAAAUCAUGUGACGCCGACGCCUCGUUGGAAACGUCUCUCUGGCUUUCUGCGUUUCCUGCAACCCCCAUCAUGCACCACCAGCGAGCUCUCCACCAGGACCCUGUGCGGAUCCCACACGGGGAGCAGGAGAAAGGGCGGCCAGUUUCAAGAGGGACUCCUGUGUGGUGGGGGCUGAAGGACUGCCGGGGGUGUAGCGGGAGGAAGUGUCGGUUUUUUGAAUCAUGCUUAAAAAAAACCUUCUAAAAGGUGAACAUCUGUGUGGUGUUUCUGACCAGCUGAGAAUAUUUUAGCUUGACGUCGAGUCCUGCCGGUGUGUCGUCGGAGCGUCUUCGAACCAUUUAACGUUAUUCAGGUUGAAUCCAAACUUGACAUCUUUAUCUCUUAAACUUAUUGACGGAGUAUUAACCACACACGUGCUUUUGCUUCAAGCAACUGACAAUCUCAUAUAUCCAAACAUGUCAGAACUGGUUUUCCUGUAGCCAGAACCUCGUGUGUCCACUAGGGGGCUCUCUUUGUGUACUAUUAACGGCAGUGGGCCUCCGGAAGACGCGAUAUCACACCGUUUGCAGAAUUUUACGUGGAUUUUUAAACAUAUUUGCUACAUUUAGUUGCUUAACUGCCUUUUUUUUUUCUGUCCGAUGUUAAACAAAGUCUUCGACAUUCCCGCUUUGGCUGAUUGUGUUGUGUUGUGAGACUUAAAGCUGGCGAGAAGUAGAUGAUUCGGUGUCAAAUAAAUGAAAAGUUCCCGAGCAUGUUGAUCAUUCUGGUAUCCAAAACACACAAGACCUAAAUAGAUUUUUGCUUGCUCAAAAAAAAAAAAGCUGCAUUCCAGGACUCUUGUAUACCUCUUAAAAGUGGAAUCCCCCCCAACAUGCCGCCACCUUUCUCUGGUUCUGGUGCUGCUGUACCCCCUGACAUCUUUUUAAAAUAGCACAUCCCCCUGUUAUUUCAUUACGCCACCGCCGACUUUUAUUUAAAACGUGCACCGAUUGAGUUGAGUAGGGGGGGAGAAAAAAAGGAUUUCUGACGAGUCUGAAAGGAAACUCUGCCUUCUGUGUUUUUAGAUGUUUCUUCUCUCUGGAGUGUGCGCGCGUAUUUACAGUACAUUAGCCAUCUAUCAUCCAGCCGUGGUCUGCGUUGAAUCUGAGUGCCUGUGUGUCCGUGCGGUCUGAUGUUGCUUUUACAGUGUAGACGUUGGCGCAAUACCUGCAGACUUGCUGUGUCUCUUUCUUUUUUUUAAGGCGGAGAGAAAAGCUGGAAAUGUUUCUCACAGCGGACACUUCAUUAAAACGCUGAUCCGAUGCGUUUCUUUUGAUUAACAUUGACAUGAGGCGUGUCCAGUGUUUCUUGUUUCUUGUUUUUUUUCUUGUUUUCUUCUUGAUUGUUUUCCAGAUCUCUGAUUUAGUCUUAAACUGUUUUCUGGUUUUAUACUGUAAGGUCCGCUUCAGUGGCCGCUGUCUCAAACAGUCCAGAUUAAACAGUAUGCAUUAAACCUUUUUGUGAGCUUCACGUUUCAAAUCAGAUAAACUGU